AUGAGCCAGCCGGCGGGGAGAGGCAGUGGUGCCUUAGAGGUGAAGUUCGUGCCGGACGAGGACGUCUUGAAGCACAUUAUUGAUGAUGCAGGUAUUAAAGUACGGAAGGACAAGACUCAGCUGACACUCAGUGCAAAGAGAUUUGUGAAGAAGCUUGACAAUAUUUCAAAUGAUGAGGCUCAAGAGAUCCUGGAAGAAAAGAACUAUGUUACUGCUCUUGGAAUAGGUGCCCAAGAUCCAAUGGGAAAUGGCUCAACUGUAAGUGGUGGUGAAGUUUAUACAUUUCAGACUCCCAGACGCUCCAGCAAAAUGUCAGAGCUGGCCUCUGAAUUAGCCCAGACACCAGGACAGAAUGUUGCACCCAAUUACUCUAAGUGCCCUGAGAAGACAGUCAAAACACCUCAAAGCAGCAAACGUUCAAGUUCAAACAAAGUUCAGCAGAGGAGUAAAAAGAAAGAAUUUAUCUCCACCACACCUUACAGACUUGGAAAGAGACUGACAGUUGCAGAUCCCUAUUUAGAAAGUGAGAGUGAUUACUCUGCUUCCUGCUCAGAGGAGGAGGAUGAGGAAGACCAGAAAGAAUCCAGCACUCAUUUAUCAAGUCAAAAGACCCCAGCAAAAACUAAGGCUGCAUCUGAACCUCCUCCCAGAAACACUCUAGCCAAAAAAAAUGAGGACAAGAUGAGCAACCUGGUGGAGGAAUACUUUGAAGCUCACAGUAGUUCUAAAGUGCUCACUUCGGAUCGAACGCUGCAGAAGUUGCGGAAAAAAAAACUGAAUCAGCAAACACUGCAUGAUCUUUUGAGAAAAGCUCCCCUUGCCUAUGAUGCUGAAAUCAAAAUGCUAAACCAGCAACAUGAAAAUCUGUUUUCCAAGUGGAUGCUGCAAUUACACUUGGGUUUCAAUAUUGUGCUUUAUGGACUGGGCUCAAAGCAUGAUCUGUUAGAGAAGUUUCGUACUUCUCUGCUCAAGGAUUCUGUUCACCUUGUGGUUAAUGGAUACUUCCCCAGCAUCACUAUAAGAUCUAUUCUCAGCUCCAUUACAGAGGAGGUACUGGACCAUGUAGGAACCUUCCGCAGCCCACCUGACCAACUUGAAUUCAUCAUUAAAAGGUUUAAAGAAGAUUCAUCUUUAGAACUCUAUAUCCUCAUUCACAACCUGGAUGGCCAGAUGUUGAGAGGAGAAAAAAGUCAACAGAUCCUUGCACAGUUAUCCUCUCUGCCUAGCAUUUACUUCAUUGCCUCUAUUGAUCACAUCAAUGCUCCUCUCAUGUGGGAUCAGGCAAAACUAAGCCUCUACAACUGGCUUUGGUAUGAAACAACCACAUUUAGUCCUUAUGUGGAAGAAACAUCUUAUGAGAACUCGUUUUUAGUACAACAAUCUGGAUCUUUGGCUUUGAGCUCUCUAACACACGUCCUGCACAGUCUCACUCUCAAUGCCAGGGGUAUAUUCAGAUUGCUUGCUCAGUACCAGCUGGAGAACAAAGACAACCCAUCUUAUCCAGGGCUGCCUUUCCAAGACUUCUACCAGCAGUGUCGAGAGGCUUUCCUUGUGAACAGUGACCUGACGCUCAGGGCACAGCUGACAGAAUUCAGGGACCACAAGCUCAUCCGGACCAAGCGGGGAGCCGAUGGUGUGGAAUACUUACUAAUUCCUGUAGAUGAUGGUACCUUGACUGACUUCUUAGAGAAAGAGGAUGAAGCUGUGUAA